UGUAUCUUCCGAGACUUGUGUUUGUGAGGGUUCUUCUAGCUUAAACCCCAUCAAGAAGAAACAACAAAGAACACAUACCACGAUGCAUACCAUUACUACUCCAACAAGUUCAAAUUUGUUACCUUACUCCUCAACUUCACUACAAAAACCCCUUGUGAAAAAACCCAACAAUCUUUUCAUCUCUACACUCACCACAAACAAAACCAUCACCAAGUUUCUUGCAAACCCAUCCUAUAGAAAUCGAAAUCGUAAUCAAACUGUUCUUGCUUCGGCCUCCGGGCCACCGGAGGCCGAGCCAGAGCAAGAAGAGGGGGCUUUAGGGUCUGCUAUUGAGGCUGUAUCAGAAAUUAUGAGGGAGUGUAGUGGGGGGAGUCUUUCGGGUGAAGAAUGUUAUCGAAUGGCGGAGAAUUCGCCUAAUUAUGUGAAAAUGUUGGUGGGUUCUGUUUGUGAAUUGGGGUUUGAUCAAAAUUCUGGGGAUUUUAAAGAAAGGGUUUUUGAAAUGGGGGUGGAGAAAGGGGAUAAGGGAAUUGUGCCCUUUUUGGAGAGUUCUUUCGAGUUGUCGCUUCCGGCUGCUAUGCAUAUUUCGAGGUUGUGUUUGUCUUCGAAUCAGUCUCUUCCGAACCUGGUUGUCAAAGUGAAUUACUUGAAGGAAAUGUUGUUUUCCGAUGAUGGUGAUGAGGGCAGUGGUGAUAUUGGAAAAGAUGCACGCAAGAUGAUGAUGCGGUUAUCGAUAUCUGUGGAUGAUGAUGGUCUGCAACAAACAUUGGCCUUCUUCGAAAAGACUCAAGCAAGACGGGGAGGUCUAAAUAUGCUAGGAGAUAGAGAUGCAUCUUUUCAGCGCCUCAUCCACUCAUUUCCACGUAUUCUAUUGCUAUCACUGGAAACUCGUUUGAAGCCAAUUGUCGAAUUUUUAAAAGAUGUUGGUGUCCCUAAAAGAAAGUUGAGAAAUGUUGUUCUCUUGUAUCCACCUAUAAUGUUUCAAGAUGUUGAAAAGGACAUUAAAUCAUCUUUUUUCAAGGUCAAUGCAGGAAAUAAAGUCUUGGGUAGGCUUCUACUCAAGUAUCCUUGGGUACUUUCUUCAAGCAUUCAGAGGAACUACACGGAAAUUCAUUCUUUCUUUGAUACUAAAAUGGUACCAAAGUCUAGUGUUGACCUUGCGAUCAAGAGUUGGCCACACCUCUUGGGUUGCUCAGUUGAUAAGUUAAAGUUGAUGGUAAAGCAGUUUGCUGAACUGGGUAUUAGUGACAAAAAGUUGGGUCAAGUCAUUGCUAAAAGUCCUCAACUACUGCUGCAGAAACCUCAAGAAUUUCAACAGGUUGUAAAUUAUCUGAAAGAAUCAGGACUUGAUGAGGAAACUGUUGGUAGGGUACUUGGACGAUGUCCUGAAAUCUUUGCCACAGAUGUUGACAGAGUUCUUAGGAAAAAGAUUGAGUUCCUGAAUAGCAUUGGUGUUUCCGGGGUUUGUCUUCCCUAUGUCAUCAAAAAAUACCCUGAGCUAUAUGUAUGUGACAUUGGCAAAGCCUUGCAUCCCCGGGUGAUGUACUUGAUGGAAAUCGGGCUAUCAAGAAAGGAUGUUGCAUCAAUGGUGAGUAGAUUCUCCCCACUUCUCGGCUAUAGCAUCAAAGAGGUUUUAAAGCCCAAGUCAGAAUUUCUACUGAACACAAUGAGAAAGCCUUUGAGCGAGGUUGUUAACUAUCCAAGGUACUUCAGCUACUCGAUGGAGAAGAAAAUAGAACCCAGAUAUUGGGAACUAAGGAGUAGAAAUGUGGAAUGCAGCUUGAAAGAUAUGUUGAGCAAAAACGAUGAGGAAUUUGCUGCUGAAUUUUUGAGUAUCGAAAAAAAUCCUGAUCAUGUAAGAUAAAUAUAGUCACAUCUUUGCAAAUGUGACUUUGUAGCCACUUCUGAAAUAUGAAUGAAAUGGGUUAGGAUGUGAA